UAAAAAUAAAAAAAUGUGACGAAAGCGAUUCAAAUAAAUCUCUGGUGUGGUGUUUGUGUCUAAAAAAAAUCAACUAAAUCAAAAUUUUCGCAAUCAAAGUUUCAACAUAACCUCAAAAAUUUUAAAAAUGAAUAGGAUAACAAAAAACUUACACAAUCGUUUCAAACUGGUAACAUUCGAUGUGACGGAUACUCUUCUAGAAUACAGGAUGGAUCCUGGUAGCCAGUAUGCAGAAGCUGGUUGCAUGUUCGGUGUCCACUGUGAACCCGCACAACUUUCUGCAAAUGUUAAAAAGCAAAUGAAAACCAUGUCCAAGUUGUACCCGAAUUUCGGUAGAACUCACAACAUGCCUUGGCAAAACUGGUGGCGCACAGUAGUCUUCAACAGUUUCAAAGACUGCUCCAACGGUUCCCAAAUCGAUGAGCAAUCCCUGCACAACAUCGCAGACCAACUCAUAACCAAGUACGAAGAUGCAUCCGUGUGGAAAGUGGCUGAUGGUUGCUGAAUAUAUUAAAAAACAUGCACCUGCACCACGAGUUUCAAUUCAUCAUCACUUCGUACAGAGUGAAUUGUGAGAAACCGGACGAGAAGAUAUUUGCAAAGGCUCUGGAGGAAAGUCGAGUGCCUCUUAUCAAACCCCAGGAUGCUCUGCACAUCGGUAACACUCCUUUGAAGGAUUACGUGGGUGCUAGAAAUGCCGGUUGGAAAGCCAUCCUGAUGACGACCGAGAGGAAACUAAACGCUGUACUAA